GACAAAUGGCGAGGUUAUGUCAAAAUAAUAUCUGAAGACCUGUUUACAGUUUUACCAUUUUAUUCAGACAAAUAAUUUCAGGAAUAUUCUAGUGUAAUGUUAACUUUUUGAGUGAAAAUCCUAAAGAAAAUGAUUCGCAUUAAGUGGAGCACGGACGCCUAGGUAUUUAUUCCAAAAUUUGCAGCGCUUUUGCCGACUAAGUAGGUCAUUGUGCGAAAAACCUUUUGCAAAACAAUGAACAUAACAAGAUUGCCAGUGACAAAGAAACUUAUCACCUACGCAAGACUCAUUCACAAUGUUCAGACGAUACAACGACACGCUCCAGGCAAUGGUUAUUACUCCACAUUUACUAUUGAUGCAUUUACCAGUGCGAUACAUGACAGGUACAGGUUGAGGUUUCAGAGUAAUGACCUUAAAGAUCAAAGUGUACAGAAACAAGAAGAGAUUACUCCUAAAUACAAUGUCUCGGGUAUGACCAACUUGCAACUCGACAAUAAAUUUUCAGAACUACUCUCAAAGAACAAAGACAAAUUGAUUGAGGAUCUAGUCAUUGAAUGCCAGAAUUGUCGGAAAUUCCUUACAUUUGCUACACUAAAGAAACUCUUUAGACAUUACAGCAUGAAUGGAAACCCAGUUAUGGUUGCUGUCCUCCAAACAUACUGCGAAAAAGUUGAUCCAGUGUCAUACAGAAAAAAUGGAGAAUUUCUGCACUAUUUAGCCAAAGCCCAAUGUAUUAAGGGUAAUUCUGACAAAGGACUGGCAAUAUUAAAAGGUUGUUAUAAGAAAUAUGAUAGUUUAAGAAGUUUUUAUAGAAUAAUAUUCAGAGAAUUGAUUCAAGACUCAGUAUUAAAUAGAUCAGAGGCAUCUCUAGUCAUAUUUACGAAGUAUGUGUUGGAGUUUAGUAAGGAGUGGUCGGAUCAUUACCCUCUGGUCUGCUUUUGGCAUAUCUGCUGGGCUAGUACUUGGUUUUCCGACCAGAUGUUGGCAAAUGAACUCUUGGAAUCAUCUACAAUACUUCAAAAUAUUGUAAGAGACAAGGCCACAGCAUUCAGUAUGAUGGCAUUAAAAGACUACAAUGAGGAUGCAGUUGUAAGAUUACUUCAGACCCUACUCAAGUAUGACAUGAUGUCCGAGUAUGUAAUGGUGUUACAAGUACUGUUCAAUUAUAAAUUAAGAAAACGGGACAUUCGGGGCUGUUCAGAAAUCAUAAGGAAUUGUGAUGCUCUUGGCGUGACCUUGCCAUCGGACCAGCAAGGAAGGUACAUAAGGAUGCUGAUCGAUAACAAACGGUGGAGUAAAGAAGAAACUACGAGGACACCAUCCAAAGAUUUCCGACUCAAAUUUUAGUACUUUUGUACAGUUUUGUAAAUAGUUUGUACAAAAUAAAUUAUAAGCGUAAUUGUA